CACAAACGCAGUAAACAUCAAGCAUUCGUUUUAAGUCAGUCCCUAUCGUAUCCAAUCCUAAUGUCCUAACCAAGCCAGUCAGUUUUCAUCAUGGCGAAGCAUCAUCCAGAUUUGAUUUUCUGUCGGAAACAGGCCGGCGUCGCCAUCGGACGCCUCUGUGAGAAAUGUGACGGCAAGUGCGUCAUCUGCGACUCGUACGUGCGGCCGUGCACCCUGGUCCGAAUCUGCGACGAGUGCAACUACGGAUCGUACCAGGGCCGUUGCGUCAUCUGCGGAGGCCCCGGCGUCUCGGAUGCCUACUACUGCAAGGAGUGCACCAUCCAGGAGAAAGACAGAGAUGGCUGUCCGAAGAUUGUGAACCUGGGAAGCUCCAAGACUGACUUGUUCUACGAAAGAAAAAAAUACGGCUUCAAAAAAAGGUGACAGGGUGGCUGAGGAAGCCUUGCAGCCUCGGGCAAGGCUUCGCGUCUACAUGUCCAUUUCAUCUCUCGCCACCCUGUCGUUAGCAACAUUUCCUGGGCUCUCAAGUUGAUCAUUUGUUUUUCCAUUUUUAACUAUUUGAUUUGAAUUAAACCUUUGUACACAUUC